UCCCACCCUGGCGGCGAGGCGAGGCCUCAGUCUGCGCCAGGUCGCCGCACGGGCAGCAAGCACACCGUCCCCGACACAAACACACAGCCGAAUCAGUGUUUAUCACAUCCGCACGGACGUACGCGCCGAACACGCCUGAAGAUUUGUAAAGCGUUUAUUCCCUGAUUGCAGGCCCACGGCCAUGGCGACCGACGUGGGCCAGCUGCCGCCCCAGCCAGACGACGUGGAGCAGAUCAACGAUGAGGAAGUGCUGCGCCGAAUGUGGCAAGCGGCGGAGGACUUUGGCCGCAAGAAAGAGAUACGCGCACGCAUGUACAAGCUGCGCGAGAAACGCUUGCGCGACUUCUACACGACCGGUGAGGUGCUAAAGGACGUGCAGAGCGCCGACCCGCACGCGGCCAUCCGCGAGGAGACGCCCAAGCGGGGCGGCACCACCUACCGCGAGCUGGUGGUGGGCGAACUGCGCGCGGGCGACCACUUCGACAUUCGCGAGAAACCGGCCGAGCAGACCAAGCCGGCAGAGUUGAUCGAGAGCUCCGAUGGCUCGCACCAGCUCCAGCAGCAGGCGGUGACCGUGAUUUUCGAAUCGACCACGACCACCACGACGACCAGCGGCUCGCUGCAAGAGAUGCUCGACUCGCGGUCGGAGGCGGAAAGUCCGCCGGCCAGCAGGACCAGCAGCCGCCGCAGCUCAAAGUCCAGUCCUUCCAGGGGCUCGGAUAGCCGCCGCUCCAGCACAUCGGAAGGCAAAAUGAUUUCCAGUCCGACCAGGGAGGUCAAGGUGACCACCUCGAGCUACGUGUGUUCUUCCAGUUCUCCAUCCAGAGAGGUGGAGAUCAUCUCAACCGAGAGCUCCGGCUCCCGCCGCACCAGCGACGCCAGGGUCUCGAGCACCCCUCCGCGAGAGGUCAUCAGAAGUCCGUCAAGGGAGUCGGGAAGCCGCUGCUCCAGCGCUGCGGAGGUCAAGCUGGCCUCCAUUUCAACGAGCGAGGUCAAGUUGAUCACCUCGAGCUUCGAGUCCACCGCAUCCAGAGUGUCCAGUUCUCCGUCCAGAGAGGUGCUCAGCUCUAGCUACCGCCGCAACAGUGACGCUAGAGCCUCCGAGGCCAUCCGGAGUCCCGCGGGCAGCCGUCGCUCCAGCACGACCGAAUCGAGGAUGACCUCUGACGAGGUCAAGAGCCGCAGCACUCCUCAGCGCGAGAUCUUCGAGGUCAAAAUGAGCUCCAACGAGAGUCAGGAGCUCAAAUCGAGUUUGCGCCGUUCUAGCGAGACCAGAAAGUCGAGCUCUCCAACGCGAGAGAUGAGCAAGAGCCCCGUCCGGUCGGACGCGGGAAGUCCGACCCGCCAGGUGUCCAGCCGCAAGUCGAGCGUGUCCGAGAAUAAAGAGGACGCGCAGUUCUCGACCUUCACCUCGGUGACCCUGGUGCGGCAGCAGGAAGGUGGAAGCCGCGUAACCUCGCCCAACAGGAGGAAGCUGUCUUCGGCGUCAAAGGCCAGACGGGCCGGCACCCCAAGCGCCUCGCCACCGUGCAGCCCUAGCCACGAGGAGGAGCGACACGACGAGUCGAGCGACGAAGAGGUCGCCACCGUCCGGUCAAAGGUGGAGGACGCCGCCAAGCCCAAGUCUAUCCUGCGCACCCCAGAGCAGCGCAAGAAGAGCAUCACGGACGAGGCCAAGAAGCCAGAGCCCAAGAAGGCCGAGCCGCAGCAGGUCAAGCGCGCCGUGGCCGAGGUUAAGCUGACCAGGAAGGCCGCGCCAGAGAAGAAGCCGGUGACGGAUGCCAAGAAGACACUGCGCAGGAGGAGCCGCGAGCAAGUGGAGGACUCGAGCGAACGCGACUCUUCCUGCUCGCCGGUGCGCACCAGGACGCUGUCCAAAUCAAAGGUCAGUCCGAAGCAGGAGACCGCACCCGCCACCUCGACCACCACCUCGACCCUGAAGCGUCCCACCAAGCUGCCCAUACUGAAUAACGCCGCCGCCAAGAAGCAGCCAGAGCCUGCUGCUGGGAAGCACGAGGACCGGUGCUGCAACCGCAAGCACGGUUCCGCCUCACCAGACAAGCCAUGGCGCCAGAGCCCGGUUCAGAGUCCCAAGAAGACGUCGCCCACCGGCAAAAAGGCCCACAGGUCUCCAUCUUCCAGCCCCGAGAGGGCCGCACCAAUCGAGACCAAACCUACCAAGAAAAUUAUGCAGACCAUCACCAGCCCCACAACCAGGAAAACCGUCGAGAGCACUAUCAAGAAGACGAUCAUCGACAGGUCUUCCACCGCUACCUGCGUCAAAACGCCUGAGAGGGCCGUGACGAGCAAACCGCGCAGUUCCACAACUCCGAUCAAAACGGAAACAAACCGUUUCCAACGAAAACCCGUCGAGGUAACAAAGCCCGUUGCUUCCCCGGCGCCGAUCGUGCGAAAGUCCGCCAUUCAAACUUACCAGCGCACGCAGGAGAGCAGAAAAACGACUACGACGGCCACCACCGUCCGGCAGCCGCAGCCGCAGCAGAAGCAGAAUAACAACGCGCCGCGCACCAACGGACGCAGCGUGUCUGGCUCCAAGAUCGUGGAGAAGGCGCCAAAAGAGGUGCCUAAGGUGACACAGACCCCAAAGGAACCUGCUCCUGCUGUUACAAUCAGCAAGCCAGUAGAGUCGGAGGAGGAAAGCGGCGGCGUCUCGACCGAGGAGGAUGAGACGGUCACCGAGCUGGAGGACAUCCGCUACAGUAGCAACAACCUGCUGGACACGGAGGACGAGGAGAACAGCUCGCGGCGCCUGCUGGCGCAGGGCCAGACGCACAUCCAGCAGCUUUCAAGGGACUCGUCGCCUGAUGGCCGUCCACAGCGCUUCGCCGACCGCGUCAGCGAGCCUGAGAGCGACUUCGAGUCGACCAAGCGUGAGCGGACACCCCUGGAGGUGGUCGUGCCGCCCGGAGGCCUUGACGGCCUGCGCGAGGAGGAAGAUGAGGACGAGGAGAAGGAAGAGCCUGCGCUGCUCAGCGUCGCUGACAAGGCCAACAUUUUCCUCACCACCGACCUUGGAAAGGUUGAGAAGAAGAAGAAGGUGUUCGAGACGAACAAGGCGGUGAGCCUGGGCAAGGCUUUGUUCGAGCGUACGGAGGAGGAUAAGGAUGAGGCUCGCAAGAAGUACGAAAGAGACAUCCUGAGCCGGCCGUCCGUCUUCUCCAAGGUGACCGACCGCAUCCGCAACUUCGACCAGCCGGCCGCUGUGGAGCCGCCCAAGAAGGAGCCCGAGACCGUGAGAAAGCAGUCGGACGUCAAAGAGCCGGUGGUCGAGGAGCCCCUCAGGGCAGAGAAGGUGGCACCACUGUGCGAGGAGCCCGUCAGGGUGGAGAAAGUGGCGCCGGUGGUCGAGGAGCCCGUCAGGGUGGAGAAAGUGGCGCCGCUGUGCAAGGAGCCCGUCAGGGUGGAGAAGGUGGCACCGCUGUGCAAGGAGCCCGUCAGGGUGGAGAAGGUGGCACCGCUGAGUGAAGAGCAGCCCAAGGCCAGUGUCUCCAGGGCCAGCGGAAAGUUUGGCGUGACUCUGCGCAGGACCAGCAGCAAGAUCGGCGACUCGGUCGCGCCUGUGCAGGAACAAGCGCCAGAAGAAGCCAAACCGGCGGUGCAGCCUGCUGAGAAGAAGGUUGAUGAGGCUGUUGAUGUCCGUCAGUUGGAAAUCAUGCUUGAAAAAGCAACGAACUACGACGAAAGAAGACGUCUGCGUGCGGCUAUCAGAGACGCCAAGAAGACGCAGACCAUCUUCACAACGACUUCCACCACGAAGGUAUCGACGACUACGACUCGCAGAGCCUCGCCUACGCGACAGGUGAACGGCAGGAGGAGCGUGUCACCCGUGAAGAGUGAGAGCGGCCGCAAGAACUCGUCGCCGGCUCGCAAGCAGCCCGAGGAGGUGGACGGAAACACCGUCAGUACGCCGCUCAGGGCAGCCGAGGAGACAGCAAAGCCAGAGCUGGUCAAGCAGCCCAGCACUGGAAAGUUGGACAAGGGCAAGUUGGCCAGCUUCCUGAAGGAGGACAGCCCCUCUAACACCUCCGUGGCUACUAUCAAGAGGAAGGUGUCCCAAGAGACCGAGAGCGUGAGAAAAAUCUCUGCGCCACCUAGGGAAGCCAACCCGACGGACAGCGUAACCUCGAGCUACGGCGUCGGCCCCUUGGAUGAGUCUGGUCGGCCGUUGUUCGGGCUACGGGCCCUGAGAAGGACCCAAGAGCCGGCAGCUGCUGCGGCCCCGACAGAAGUGGUUGACCAGCCCACGCCGCCCAAGCAGGACGUCACCGACCUCUCAGGACGACCCUUGUUCGGCGGUCUGCGCGCUUUGAAGACUGUUGCGAGUGUGGUGCAAGAAAAGGAACCGGCUGCCGAAGAAGAAGAGAUGCCGGAGCUGCAGCCGUCGACUGGACAGCUAAAGAGCCUGGUGGAGCGGCACGAGCAGAACAGCAAGACGGGCACAACUGUUAGCCCUAGCAGCGCCCAGAAACCCAAGGCCAAGCUGCGUGAUACCUUCUUGAAAGAGGAGAGCCGCAGCCAAAUCGCCGCCGACACGCAAAAGAAGAGCAAAAAUGAGGCCCUGACCAACAGGACGAGCUCGCUCAAGGCGAUCAUCAAAAGACACGAGUCCAGCCAGGAGAUCACUAGUGCUCCUGUCGAACCUGUGCGUAAGAUCAGCACCGAGCAGGUGAAGAGCAUCUUGAAGAAGCCGCGCGAGCCGACGCCCGAGACGCCCGUGGUCAGCUCGGCGAGCAUCAGUUUGCGAAAGGACUCGAUUGAACGGCGACCAGGUGACUUCGAGCAGGAGUCGAUUGUUGAGGACGAAGACGGCGGACGCACCAUCGUCAAGAGCAUGCACCGCGAACGCAACGACGGCGACACGAGCACCGUGCUCAGCGCAACCUCGCGCAGUCACGUGUCGGGUGAUGGCUCACACGCCACAUCGCACUCGUCCAGUACGACCGUGACCUCGACCUCGAGGGGCAACGACAGCCCCAUCUCGAUGGCACGCGUCGGACGCAGUGGCUCCGUGCGCGCCCUCCAACAGAAAUUCCAGCAGAACAACAUCGAGUCACCCGAGCCGCGCUCCUUCCCCAAAGCCGGACUCAUCUUCAGGACCAACAGCUUCAAACACGCCAAUAACGGCGACUAUAGAAACUCAGGCGCUGAUUCAAAAGACGUGUGCGAAGAGAAUGCACAGAGGACAGAACAAGUGACUGAAAAAGAAGGGAGCGUCGAGCGCCGCGUGAUGGAAACGCGCGUCUUCUCUGAAAGCUCCACUUCAUCCAAUUCGCGAUCAUUCCUCGGUAACAACUCCAAGGUGACCGGAGUGCAGGACGUGCUGUCCCGUAUGCGUGAAGCCGACAACGAUCAAGAGGAAGGUUUGAGCUGCGAGGACCGAGAGGCGAAAUCGCUGCUGAACAAGUUCCUGGGCGCGUCGGUGCUGAUGCAGGGCAUCGAACCCCUGCUGCAGGCCCAGAGCUCCGCCCUCGUCAGCCAGGUGGAGAAGCAGCGACUCGCUGUUGCGCAGGAGGAAAAGAAGCCUUCCGGUGACGACAUCGACGAGGUCACCGACCAGGCGCACCUCAGAAGACUCUUGGACGCCGCUUCUGACUACGACACCAGGAGGCAGAUCCGUGCUAGGUUGCGCACCCUGAUGGCCGACAAUAAGGUCACUGACAGCAGCGAUGGAGUCGCGGACAGUGCGUCGCGUUCCGUUCACGGUGAGUUGCUGCCGAUGGCAGUGGACCAGUUGAUGGCCACCCUCGAGCACAAUUUCAAUCCAGUGGUUAACAAUGGUGGUGGUGUUGGUGGUGGUGACGAGGGGGGUUCGGUGGGGGAAGAGUGCGACGGCCCCGCGGUAGACUCGGGCACCGAGUCGGGCGAAGAUCCGCGCACGCCAAACAGCCAGUCGCAGGUGGACCUGGCGCCUAAGAAGCCCGCCUCCGAGCUGCCUCCGGAGGUGCUUGACGAGGUGCUGGGCGCGCUGGCCAAGCUGCAGGGUACCCUGCAGAUGGCCGCCGGUGAGGACGUCGAACCAGAGCGCAAGGAGGCCAUCCUGUCACUGGUCAACAAGCUUCAGGGCUCGUUGCCGACAACCGAGAGCCGGGCGGCGCCGCAGCCGGCGCCGCGCAGGAAGAAGUCGGCGCGACACACGGUCGGCGUGACCCAGGGUGACCUGGUGCCCUUCAGCCCGAUGCGGCCGUCGGAUUUCAACGCCCGCCUCGCGCUCAAGGAGGAUUUCGAGGCGCACGACCCGGUCAGCGCUCUGACACUGAAGCGCCCGCUGCACCGCAGGAGCGUCAGCCAGGGUGGACAGGGUGGCCAGCGCAGCCGCUCACUUCUGGUCGACGACCCCAGCCAAAUCCUGUUCACGCCCGAGCAGAGCGUGCAGAUCGCCGUGCACAAGGCGGCCAUCAACAAGCAGCUGUCGCAGGAGGAGGACAACCGCAGGAAGGAGCGGCCCAACCGCGAGGGCUCCGUAGAGGCCGAGCUCUCCUUCCCGGAUUCGGUCGUCAACGAGGCGCCGCAAGUGGCCGACUUAAACGUGGACAAGAUGAUGGCCAACGAUGAAAACUACGAGCUGAAGGCUCCAGAAAUGGUGAAGGAGGCCGCGGCAAAGCCGAAGCCAGUCCCCGUGGUGCCCGCAGUGCCGAUGGAAAAGAAGGAGCUGCCCAAGCCAACGCCAGAGAAGCCGGUGUCGAAGCCAAUUUUCGCCACGCAGGACCCACCCAAGCCGGUCUUCUGCAGGGCCGAGCUGCCGAGGCCACCGAUGCUGGAGCCGCAGAAGACCAAGCCAAAGACGGAGGCCAAGCCGCUGUUCAGACCGCCAUCGGAGCCGCCAAAGGUGAAGCCCGUGAAGGCUCUGGCGCUGGAACUAGAGUCGCAAGAGCCGGAGGAGGCCAAGUCGGGCGGCGUGUUGUGGGGCAGCAUCUGCCAGUCGGCCCGCGACGACCGAAAACUCGUGUCCAGGGCUGAGAAGAAACGCAAACUGAAACGGGCCAACACCAUCGACAUCCCAAAGCCGCUGGACGCGCAGGACCUGCACGACUCGGACGAAGAUGAGGACGUGAACGCCGGGGUGCCGCAGAAGGCGAGCCUCGAGCUGCCGUUCGUGGCCAAAACGGACAACGACCGCAAGUUCCUCGCCUUCCUCGAUCGCAAGAGCCCCAAGGAGGGCGUGCGGACAAGCAGCGCUGCCCCCGGCGGCCACCAGUGGAACAACCGCUUCUCCAACCUGAAGACCAACUUCGAGAAGACCGAUGCUAAAAAGUUGGAUGAGCUGCCGCCACCGGCGCCGGCGGUCAUCCUGCGGCCGCACGAGCCCAAGAGCGUCAGGGAGCACGAUCAGAUGAAGCGCAAGUCGAGCCUGCCGACGGUGUCCCGCAACCAACCGCUGCCGUGGGCCAGCGCCGGCCAAAACGUUGUGGUCGUUGGCAGUCUCACCGUCAAGCAGAACCAGAACGUGCAGCAGAAAAAGCAGCUGUUCGCCGAUACCAAGCCCAAGGUGGAGGCCGCCGUGAAGCCGCCGCCGGAGCCCAACAAGGAGGACCAGCUGAUGGAGAUGCAGCGGCAGCAGCAGCUGCGAUUCGUGCAGCAGAAGGAAGCGCAGGAGCGCUACCGCCGGCAACAGGAGAGCGUGCGCGGCCCGGCGCCAGUCGGAAACUUCCACCACGCGCCAAACUCGGCCUUCCGGCCGCUGGCCAAACAGAAACCACCACAGGCGACCACUCCGCGGAUCGAGUACAGCGCCUCCGUGGCCACCGAGACGCGGCAGCUCAACAUGCGCAUUUACAACAAGGAGAAGGAGCAGGAGCCGGAGGUGCAGGAGGUGGAGGCGCCGCCGACCAUGAUGACGGCCGUUUCUCGCGUCAAGGAGGGGCCACGCAGCCAGCAGGCGACCGUGGUGCACGGACAAGUGCAGCACCGUGACAGCCCGAGCAGAAACUCUCUGGCUAAGAGCCACCUGCGCAGCAUUCUGCCGGACAGCCCGUUCUCGCUGGCGCGCAGCUCGCACUCCACCUCGGACAUGCUGGACGCCGCCUUCCAGGCGCGUUUCGACAGCAGCCAGGCGUCGUCGCGCUGCUCCACACGCUCGCCGCCCGACAUGCUGCUUCCGGCAGCCACCUGCAAGCUCGAGUUUCCGCUGCACCACGCGUCACCGCUGCCCUUCUCGCCACCGACGCAGCGCCGCGGCCUCUGCAAGAGCGAGUCUUCACACCAGAUCGGAUCGGCUGGACUGCUGAGCGUGCCGACGUCGACGCCGCCGAUGCGUCGGUCGCCGUCGGGCGCCAAGAUCCACCUGUUCUCGAAGCAGUACGAGGCGCAGUUCACGGCGGACAGCGCCGAGGACAAGCAGCGGCAGGUGCUGGCCUACCUGGGCGAGUCGUCGUCGACGUCGCCGGCGAGCAAGUCGCCGGCGCGCUCGCCCAGGGCGGCGGCCGUCGCCUACAACAGGCAGGACACGCUGCGCGGCUUCGUGCACGACGACGACCUAGAGAACGUCGACGAAGAGUUCGAGCGGCUGUUCGAGUCGGCGGUGCGGCCCAGGGCGACGCAGCCGCCGGCCUCAGCGUCGGUGAGACUCUCGCACAGUGUGCCUAGCUCGCCCACCGGCAAGAAAAGCGAGUUUUCUAUGAAGACGAGCUCCUCGACCUCCACCAUCCAGCUGGACGGAGGGACCAAAAUUUCGAGUGUUUCCUCCACGAUGACUUCAAAUACCCGCGUUUCUAAAGCCCCUCCCAGUAAGCUGAAGAUGUCCCCGUUUGACAAGUUCAGGCAGCUGGACGAGCAGAACUCCAGUCCCUCUCCUAGCACCCCCAAAACGCCCGGGGGAAGCAUCAGCGGUCCGUUGUUUAAAUUCACGGACGCUGGCCUCAAUAGGAGCGCCUCCAACGUCAAAGAAAGACUUCUGUACUGGUGUCAAGUCAAGACUAAGGAAUACAAGGAUCUGAAGAUCGAGAACUUCUCGACGAGUUGGAACAACGGUAUGGCCUUUUGUGCUCUGAUUCACCACUUCUGUCCUGACGCCUUCAACUACGAAGAACUUCGUCCUGAAAACCGGCGCAAGAACUUUGAGCUCGCCUUUCGAGUCGCAGAGGAGAAGGCGGAUAUUGCACCUCUCCUUGACGUAGAUGACAUGGUGAUGAUGAAAAAACCAGACUGGAAAUGCGUCUUCACCUACGUGCAGUCCAUCUACCGCCGGUUCAAGGACGAAGACUAAAUUUGCUUUAAACUUCUCGUCCUUCUCUCUUUUUCAAGAAGAAAAUGUUGAAAUAAUUUAUUACGACUUUUGUACUCUAAUUUCCAAUCAAGUGUUUAAUUUAUUGAUUGUUUAGAAAGUUAGAUGACCGAACUUAUGCGUUUUGUUUCAAUUUUCAUUGUUAAAACUUAUUAUUUAUCACGUUCUUUGGAAAAGUAGAGAAGUACGCGCGUCUGUCUGUGGGCGCUGCUUUUUAUCGAAUUCCGUCCGCCAUCCGUUGUUCUAAACUCGUGCGUGUGUGUUUGUGUUGAAACGCUGGCAAUUUGAACUAUACAUCCACGAGCAUAAUUGUUUUAAAAGUAAAAAUCACUCUUUUAUUUGUAUUUUUUGUCGAUCGCAGUCUGUGAGAAUCUCCUUUAUAUUCGGCGAGAUGUCACUCGAUUGUCCUCUCUCGCGCACGGUGCUUGGUUUAAUUUUACACGCCUCUCUCCUUUUAUAUCAGAAUAUUUUAAUUGUAUAUCAGAAGGAUAAAAAUUUAUACCGAUUCACGUUUCGAAUAUAGUUUGACGACUUAUUUUAAUGUUGUACACACUUUUAAUAACACUUUGCCUACUUAGCCACGUAGCAACUUCACUGACGAUUAUUUGUGAUGCAUAAUAUUUAAUUAUAUAAUAUUGUAUAACGAAACAUACUGUCUAAUAAAGAUGGCUACCAUUGUA